UUGAACUGUGCCAUUUAGUUAGACUGCAGUUUAUGUGUGUUUCAAUGCUGACUUAACGUGCAUUUCUUCUCGUUUCCUUUUCUUUCUCUAACUGUGAGACGUCUCACCCUUCUCUCUCUAACUCUUAUAGACGCUCGCUCUCCCUCUCUUUCUUUCUCUUUUAUGUUCUUUUUCUCUUCUCUUUCUUCUUCUCCGCUAUUCUCUCUUUCUUCUGAUUUCCUUUUCUUUCUCUAACCAUCUCACCCUUCUCUCUGUAACUCUCACAGAUGUGAUUUAAAAAAUUAAAAUAAAAAUAAAACUCUCAUAGACGCUCCCUCUCCCUCUCUUUCUUUCUCUUAUGUUCUUUUUCUCUUCUCUUUUUUCUUCUCCGCUAUUCUGCUAUGAGCUCUAGACGUUUCCUGACAAGAACCAUGAAAAAAAGGGGCUUCGGACACCAAUGUGCGAUACAUCACCUGUUGAGCAAUCUUCCAGAUUAUUCUAUGAAGUGCGGGGCGUGGAUUGAGGCUGAAGUAGUGUGGGUCAGUUAGGUUGUUAGUUGGAUAAUGGAGUCAUGGGCUAUAUGGGUUGUGGGUCAGUAGUGGGUUAUCAGUUUAUCAACUUUUUCCUUUGUUUCCUUCACUUACUGGCCCGUUAUUCUUUUUCCAAAAUCCAAUUUAUUUCCUUUUUGUUAUUUUUGGAGAUUUCUUGGGCAUAUUCUUUUUUAUCAGCGAAAAUCGAAUCGAAGAAAGUAGCGUGGAGCGUCCAUUUUAGUGUAACGAAGGGAGAUCAGAGGGCUGAAUAUCUGGGAAAUUUUCGUUUUUGCCAUCAGUUUUGGACGCAUUGUACGGUGCUGGGGCGGGCAUUUUGGUCAAUCUGAUUUUUUCGGAUCCCUUUUAUUACUCCUUGAGUAUUUGCAAGGACAGAGUUUUGUGAUAUUGUAGAGAGAAAGCAAGCAUGUGGUGGAUGAUGGGCGAGACAGGAAGCCAUUACUGUAACAAGAAAUCCGAUGAUAUUUGCGGCAAUGUUUGUGUAAGAAGCUACUGCGAAUGAAACCAAAUCAAAGGAUAUAUUCUGCAGUUAUGGAUAAAAUCAAUUCAAAGGAUAUAGCAGUAACACAUAACUAUGUUGACCAAACCAUGUUGACCAAGUACUCACACGCAUGCACGUGUUUAUCGCAGCUUGUCUAAAGGUAGACAGUUUCAUGGUUGGAGACAAGGAAAAUUCAUGGAGUAGUCGGCCACCUUCUUCAGAUUCUCUCAGUCGGUGGGCUGAGAAAAACCGAUUCAAUGUUGGCGAUUUUCUCAUACUGCAACUAACAAAGGAGGAGUACGAGAGCUGCAACCAAUCCAACCCUAUCAAAGAAUACAAGGAUACCAAAACCGAGGUUGAGCUUGACAGGCCAGGACCCUUCUAUUUCAUCAGCAAAGCUGGGGGAAGCUAUGAGAAAGGCCAAAAGAUCUGCCACCAGACAGUAGUGGUGCACGCUCUUGGAUUGAGGGGUGGGUUUGGUGUUCUUGUGGGAAUUAUAUUAGUGAGCUUAGUGGAAAUGUGGUUAAUCUUUGAACGUAGAGUAUAGGGGAAAUGUCAACUUUUAUUUUCAAUAUUAUUAUGUUUCUAUGAAUUAUGU